AUUGGUUGUGAAGCUUGAUACUUGGCUGUAUAACUUUCAUGAAAUGCAAUUUCAAAAAUUCUUAAAAUUUUCAUAAGGAAUGAAAGCCAUGCUCUGACAUCUGGCUGCUCAUUGCAGUUUGGUAGCCUGUGAGGGCUUUAGCUCGGCGUCUAUUAGCCAGCUAGCCAUCAUGGUUCGUGAAGAAAGGAGUCUGGGCUGAUUACAAAACUGGAAUACUCUCCGUUGAAAACAAACUACCGCAGCUCUGAGGUUAAACAGAGCUCAGCGCCACCCUGGCAGGCAUGCGGAUCCGCCUGCAGAGGUCAGGCCAUGCGGCCCUGCUUCUAUCUGAGCUCAACCGCUUCCGCCUGUCACGGCUCCUCUGUGACGUGGUUCUGCAGGUCGGCGGUCGGUCCUUCCCUGCCCAUCGGGCAGUCCUUGCUUGUGCAAGCUCUCACUUCAGCAGCCUGUUAUCUAGGGUCCCGUAUGGCCAGAGUGGCACUCCUCCCACAUUCUCUUUGGACUUCAUCUCUGCAACCAACUUUGAGAAAUUGUUGACUUUCAUUUACACAGGUGAGAUCCUCACUGAUCUGAUAGACGUCGGUGUGCUGUAUGAGUUGGCAGAACGACUGGGAGUCAGGGAGCUGGUGCGGGCUUGCCAUGCCACCUUCCCAGAUAUGAAGAGCUCAGACGGAGAUGUGGAACCCGACCUGGCCCCUGCUACCAUUAUGGCAGCCUCCAUGUGCUCUUCAUCCGCAGCGUCCUGUUCUUCUCUCUCAUCUCCUGCUGCUCCCACUCCAGUAGCACCUUCUCCACUCCUUCAGAGCAGAGUGAACAGGGUAAAUCGGUCUCAUGUGGCCCCCCUCUCACUCUCCCACUCGCCUAAAGCAGAGGAUGGCUUUCAGCUACAUUUAAGCUAUAGCCAGCUGGCAAACAACAAACAGAGCUCAUUAGAUAACCACCAUGCUCAGGCUUCCGAGAUCCUCCCAGCUCUCAAUUUGCAGCUUAAAACUGAACAGGAGGAGGAGAAAGUGGAUGGGAACCACAGCUCAGAGGAACAAGCCAUCAUUAAUGGUAACAAACCAGCACUUUCUAAAGUGUGUUCCAUUCCUGACUCGUCAGCACAGGCUGGAGGGGAAAUCUGCGCACCCUCGUCAUCUUCGGGUGACCCGCUGGAUAGCCUGCAGGUUAGAGUGGUCGAAGGAGGUGCUGGACUCGGGGAUGUGGCAGUCAAAGAUGCCAUUUUGUUUGGCGAAGACGACAAUGCAGAAAAAAGGAGCAUCCAUGAUGGGCCUGCAGAGGAUGGAGAGCAGUGGAGAGCGCUGGUGGGGGAUGUAAUCGAACUAAGUGAUGAUGAGGAAAAUUACAUUGAGGAAGAGGAAGACGACGAAGACCUGAUGUGCAUAGAGAACGGCGGAAGUGGCGUCCUGGCAAGUCAUGGACAGCUGGCACCGUCAUCACAGCCCUGUAAAACCUGUGGAGUUUUGUUGCAAGCAGAUAACAGUGUCCUACGCUCACAUGCUGAGACACACCUGUCUGAGACGGGUAUCUGCCGAGUGUGUGGAACUUCUUUCCCUGAUCGCGCAUCUAGCGUUGCUCAUGCCCUCACACAUGUGGGCAUCCUGUUGUUUUCCUGCGAGGUAUGCGAGUUGCAGUUCUGCACCGAGGCCGAGCUGAUUCGUCACAGGCGCCAGUCAGUGGCCAGAUGCAUCCCUCAAAUGUUUAACACCACCACUCAGGGGUCUGGAGCAGAACUGCAGUGUACCGUGUGCAGUAAAUCCAUUACUAAGGAUUUAAAGGCUGUCAGGGAGCAUGUACAGUGUCACAUGUGUUUGCGGACAUUGCGCUGCGGUGUAUGCCAGUUAACUCAGCCCACGCGGUGUGCUCUUCUGUGGCACACGUUAACACACCUCCUUACCAUCUACUCCUGCCCACAGUGUGCCUGUCCCUUCUUAGAGCAACCUCUACUUGACACACACUUAGCUCUGCAUGCUGAACAAGGAGGAGCUGCCAAGGAGGAUGAUGGCAGUCAGGAGGGCAGUACAGAAGGACAUGGUGAGUUUCAGUGCUUCCUGUGUCCACAGACCUUCCCUUCAGACGCAGCAUUCCAUUACCACCUGAGUACACAUCCGAGUGAGCCUCAAACAUGGCCUGUCAAGCGCAAAGCAGACCAGCUACUGGAGUUUUCUUCCUCCUCUUCAUCCCCCCUGGAGCCAGGGAGCAUCAGUAAACUCAGUGGCCUGGGCUUUAACAUGGGCGCAUUUAUACCAGACAAAAUGAUUCAAGCCGGUAUGCCUUUCCCUGCUGGACUUUUACAGAAUGGCAGCUCUUCCAGUUGCCCUCAAACGGGUGUAGUUCUGAAACAAAAGUGGUACCGCUGCAGGUAUUGCGGCAAGCGUUUCGCACACUCCGGCGAGUUCACCUACCACCUUCGCAUCCACACAGGAGAGAAGCCGUACCAGUGCAAAGUGUGCCUGCGUUUUUUCCGCGGCCGCUCCACCAUGAUCUGCCACUUGAAGACGCACGCCGGCGCCCUGAUGUACCGCUGCACAGUGUGCGGCCUCUACUUCUCAACGCUCAAGAUGGUUUCGUCACACAUGGAACUCCACAAGGACCACCUACCUCCAGAUUUCAACAUAGAGGAGACGUUCAUGUACAACGACCACUCCAAAGAGCCGGUCCCUAAUCUGGACACCUGAAACUUCUUCUUUCUUAUGUGCCUAAAUACUUAUCUCACUCAUUAUCUGUGACCUUUUUUUUUUUGAGGACCAAGUAGAAUUAGGAUGUUAUUAAAUGUUUUCUGUACUAGAGACUGGACUUUGAAGUAGGCACUGUUAUUGCAUUGCCACUUGGUGGCAGCAUUUAUGUAUCAUGAGGGCACACUGACUGUUCUUGUGGCUGUGAGGUUUGAUCAUUAGUAUAGGAAUACCUCUUGAUGUUCUUCCUUCUACUCAUUCUGUAAUUAAUAUAAGCUAAAUGUAUAUAUUCUAGAGUGUUACAACAGCAUAUUGUAUCACCAGUAAAUAUGGUAGUGUACAUGGGCAUCGCAGAAGAAGCGAAAGAUAUAAUAACAGGAUACAAGACCGUGCUCUGCUUUUUUGCCGUCAUACAGAGGGUAAUUUUUUUUCUGUUUUUUUACUUGCUUAUUUAUUUUUACACUUGAUCUUAUUCAUCAUAGUCACUCCGUUUUUGUACGGUGUGUUUGAAUUCAGAACAAAGUGCUCAUUUAUUAAGUAUCAAGCAAGGCUGAAAAUAAAUCCAUCAAAUCAGUGUAAACAUUAGAGUAAGGAAUAAAUCCCGUGCCGUCGGUAUACUUAUGUCAUCUUUUUAUGAGCUUGCCAAGUGUUCACCUUUUAUUAUAUCAUGUUUUCCUGUUAAUGGAUCGAAAUAGCCAAGAGAAAUUGUUUGUGUAUCCUUAAAGCAGCAGGAAUCAGUAGCAUUUUUCCACAUCAUUUAUAAUGUCGUACGCUGAUGACUGGUAUGGUCAACAAUUCCAGUGUCAGGACCGUCAGCAGGUUCAGCAGUACUUUUCAGUAGUGUAAAAAUGGUACGUAUUGCCUCUUUCAGCGGGCAAAUUCCACAACGUGUAAUAUUUUUUUAAUGUGAAAGCAGUACCUUAUCAUACAGUUUUAAGAUCUAUAACUAUCUAUUUAUUUAUUUAUAGCUUUUUAUGUUCAUACAUUCUAUUUUGUAAGAAGUGUUUUCAUUCGAAAUAGACGCGUAUUACUUUGUUCUCGGACUGUAUUUGUUUCGUAUGUGUUCUGAAUAAAAUUGAGUGUUGUAAACAUA